AUGGCUGCUUGGCUACUGUUAGCCUUGGGUAUGCACGAUGAAGAUCUUUACGCGGAAUGCGAUGUGGUGUAUCGGUGGAUGAGACAUGGAAGGCAAGACGUAAGGUUUCGCAAAAUAGGGAAUAGCGACAAAUGGAUUGAUUCUGUGCAAGCUCUCGCAGAAGAUCGAGAAGUUUGGUCAGAGCUAUGUUCAGGGACGGCACAUCUCGGCGAAGCUGCGGUCCAGUCAAAACGACAUAAAUCACGAGCGCAGUUGCGGUGCAUUUGCGCUCGAAACAGUGCGGUGGAGGCAGCAGAUGGAACCGAGUUGGCUCCGUCGCAAAAUGCAGCGGUGGCUGGUGCCAGCCAGGGUUUCAUCCUUCAUCUACACUCUACCGAAGCGCCUCGUGAGAAGCCGCGUAUGCAAUUGCGUACGCUCUUCAUGUGGUUUUGA